AUUUUUGAACAAAUGGAAAAUGUUCUACAAAGUUCUUUGUGUUGAAAUUUUAUAACAACAAAAAGGAAUAUUGUGUCUUUGUUCUGAGCGCAAUUCGAGCAUCUGUUUAAUUGAUUUUCACUUUCAUUUGUGUUGUUUGGGAAAAUAUCGAGACAGAAAGCACUGAUAACAUGAAAUAUAAAUUUUCCACGCAAAUAAAAGGGAAUGAUAACAAACCCUGUUGACAACGUCUAUAAAACUUAAAACAAUAACAACUGUUAGCAAGUUUAUCACAUGAAAUCAUAUAUAAUGCAAAGUGGAUUUGUUUUUUUAUUUACUUUUAUUUCCACAUAUUCAACCAUUAAAACUCAACAUUAUUUUUCACUCUUCCGUCUCAUACAUUAGAGUCUAUCAGCAGAAUCGUAUUUCACUUCAUCGUUCAAUGAAUUAAUCGCGACCGAUUGAGAAAAAUAAAUAUUUGAUUAACAUGUUGAUGUGAUGAUUGAUAAAAGCUACCGUAAAGUGAAAUUAUAUCCCUGACGUAGGACAUGUGUAAAGUGGAAACUUAUAAGUGAGAGUUUCAGCCAAUAGCAACAGGUAUUCUUACCAGCACUGAAUAGCAAAAAUCAAUUCUAAAGUCGCUCUAAGAGACCUAAAUAAGAUAAAAAGUAGUGAAGGCGACGAGAGAAUCUCAUAAAUAUGGGAAAUUAUUGUAGCUCCAGUCAAAAGAAGGACAAAGACAACGUAUCUGAGAAAUCUGAAGAAUCCCCUGCAUACCAUCUCGCGGACAAGACAAAUGAUUCUAAAGAGCCACCUUUGGCGCAACCUGAAAUUUCUGAUACAAAUGGUGUUAUUAAAGCCAAUGACUUGUGUGCUCAUUCAGCACCAUUGACUUCGACUAAUCAUUCAGCUGAUUCAGAGAGUCCAAUGUGUGUUUCACCUCCAAGUGAUAUUUCCACACUUUUGAAUCUUCCACAAAAUUUAACGCCACUUUAUGGUCGACCGACGGUUAGUCGCAGAAUCGAAAAAGACAAGAAAAUCGUUCUGUAUGUGUUGGCAGCUGAUGACAGUUAUCAGAUUGAAAAGACGAUUUUACUGAAGCUUCAGAUAUUACUACAAGACAAGUACAGUCACAAGGGCUUCGAGAUUCACGUAUCAGAUCUUCAUGUGCCCGAGAACUACAGCAAAUCCAAUAGAUUUGAUCUGGAAAAUUGGCUUGACGGGCCACUUGAAGCUCAAUGUGGCCACCACUUAGCAGCUAAUUGUUUAGCUGAAAUAACAAGACAUUCAACCGAUUCCUACGUUAUUCCAUUGCUGUUCCUUAAUUCAUCACUCGGCGACCCAUUAUUGCCUCUAACCAUUGAAAAUCAAGACUUUGCCAAUGCAAUAUCCGCUGCUGACAAUUGCGGAAAAUUACUUUUGGAGAAAUGGUAUACACUUGACGAGAAGUCACAGCCAUCUUGUUAUCGUUUGAAAUCGAUUAAAGUUGAGAAGGAAAGCAUUAAAAGUAUCGAUGAAGAAUUGAAUUCAUUGCUGGUCAAUUUGGUUGAAAUCUUCUCGAAGGAAUUACGUGACUCAUAUUUGAUGACUGUUGUGGAGCAAGAAGUCAACAACACAGUUUUAAUAAGUCAAGAACUUUCAAAACGAUGCAUUUGGAUGCAAAACACUGGGAUUCAAGUUAAAACAGAUGAGAAUUCUUCAGCUAGUGAUGCUGAAAUGAAUCGACGACUGUCAAACAUUCAGAAUGAGUUGAAGCUGCAACUUGCUGAGAAACACAUCAUCAAAAUGCCAGUCGUUUCCUCACAACAACAAGAACAAUUUUCAACUGUUUUGGAAGCUGCGCUUUCAGCAGAAAUUGAUUCAAUCAUUGAAGAGCACUCAAGCAAAUUUCAAAUUCCUUUCUGUACAUUUGGCGUUGAUCGUCGUUUGUUGAGUGAAAUUGAAGAAGUUAAUCGUCAUUCGCAAACUUUAAACCAGAAUUGUGCGAAUUUUACGAUUAUUGAUCAAAUUAAAUCAUAUUUGACUGGGAAUUCAACUUCGCCUCUUGUUGUACAUGGCAAAAGUGGAUGUGGAAAAAGUGUUUUAUCUGCAAAGAUUGCACAAAAUAUUCACACAUGGAUACCUGAAUGUAGUUUCAUUUUAAGAUAUGCAAACUUAACGACAUUGAGCAGUGACUUGACAUCAAUCUUAGGUUCAAUUACAGAACAAGUCUCAGUUCUUCUCAAGACACCAUCGAACAGAAGCGAUCAUACAAUCGAAUCAUACACGAAAGAAUUGAAGCAUUUAAUAGAGAAAUCAGAACAUCAAAUUGUAAUUCUGAUUGAUUCAGUUGACAAAGUUUUCGACAUAAAAGACAUAAAUUGGCUGCCAUUACAAUUGGUCAACAAUGUUAAAAUCAUUUUGACAAUUUCUGACUCUGAUUCAUCGUUUGUUUACAAAGCAAUACAGAAGAAAAUCGAUUGUAAGAAUUUUCUUUUGUUGUCGUCUUUCACUCAAGAGCAGUGGGAAGAUGUGUUGACUUAUGGUGGUGGAGCGACUAAUGGAGCAUUGCAACUUCCAGAUUCAUGGAAGAAAUCAGAUGAACGUGCACCAAUUCAAGCAAAAAUUCUUUGGUGGCUUGCAUGGCUUGGACAAAGGAAAUUGGAAAACUUAACAAUUUCAUACAUAAGUGAAAAAGUUUUCGAAAUACUUGAAAAUAAAUUUGGCGUGACACAAGUUAAAUAUCUAAUAACACUUAUUAAUGUGUCUCGUGAUGGCUUAUUGGAAACAGAAAUUGUUGACUUACUAGAAAGUUCAAAACUCGUAAAUGGAUCUGUUGCAAAACUUUGGACCAAUUUUUGUUGGGUGAUGGGUCCACUUCUAAUUCAUAACAAAAACAUUAAAUUGAUGGAUUCAGUUAUUUGUUCAGUUGCAGAAAAACGUUAUGGAUCAGAAAUAGAAAAAGCUCACAAAACUUUGUUUGAUCUUUUUGUUAAGCAACCUGACUUUUACUUUGACAAGAAGAAGAAAGAGAAAUGUUAUAACAUCAGAAAGUUCAUCGAAUUGCCCUUCCACUCAUUCAAAAUCGAUAAGACAGAAUUUGAAACGUCUUCUUACUUGACAAACUUAACAUGGCUUCAAAACAAAAUCAACUCCACCGGUUGUGUUCAACUAUUACUUGAUAUCUAUCUAAUAAAUCCACCGAAAUCAUCAGAAACUAAACCAAACUCACCUGUUGCUAGUAAACUCAGUGAUCAUCUUGAAUUUACAAUUAAAUUUCUUCAACUUCAUUUCAAAUCUCUCAAUUACGAUGCACAACAAAUUUAUUCCCUCCUUUUAACUUUCAUCACACAAGAAUCAUCAAAAAGAAAUGAAAUCAAAGAAAAUUCCAUCAUACAAAGUUGGAAGAAGGAGAUCGAACAGCAAAAUAUUUUAAGACUUGAAAGAAUUCAAACAGCUGAUGAUGACGAAAGUGAUCAAAGUCAUGACAGUGAUUCCAAUAAAAAUGGCUACGAUUCUUUAAUUAACAGUAAUCAUGAUGAAAAUUUCAUCAUUUCACUCAGCACAGAACGUGAAGAAAUUUGCGUGUGGAAUGUUCUCAAAUGUGCAAAGAUACGAACAUUAAAAGGCGUACCACAACCUUCUUCAGUAUGUCCUGUUGGAGAUUUUGAUCUUGCCGUUUUAUGUAAAAGAGAAAUUCGUGUUUUGGAUUUAAAUGAAGGGAAAUUCAAGGUGACAUUAAAAGGUGUAAUGAAUCAAAAAAUGCCGUACUUUGGAUUGCACGACGCACAUCACUUAGUCUGUUUAUCGCGCAAUCGAAUGUACGUUAACCUCAUGAACUUAGAGUCAGGAGAUUGCGUGACGACGUUCAAAGCAGGUGAAGACAGAUUCUUGAACUCAUUACUUGUGUCAGGUGAUGGAAGAAUUCUUGUCUGUGGUGAUGAGACACAAAAACCGUUUCCAUUACUCGUAUGGCAUUUGACUCAACGGAAAUUAUUGUACGACUUAAGAAUUCCACAUCAUGACUUUAUCACAUCACUUUCUGCAAUUACACAUGAAGGCUCAUACGUUUGUGUUGUUGCGAAAGAAUUGGCAGAACCAUCGCCAAACUUUAUUGUUGUUUAUGAUCUUCAAAGUGGGACAUUAUUCAAAAAGUGGAAGCCGUCAUGCAACACUGUUUCCUUAGCUAUUUCUCAAGCUAACACUUGCGUCAUUGCAGGCCUUGAAGAUGCGAGAAUAUUAAUAUGGGACUUGGUGACGGGGAAUUGUCGUUGUUCUCUCACAGGUCAUAGUGCGCCAGUAACACUUUUAAAGUUAGAUCCACUUGGGAAAAUUUUACUUUCUGGAGAUAUCGAGGGACGUGAUCGAUCAAUCAGAUUGUGGGACUUGAGUACAGGCACAUCAUUGGCGGUUUAUACGCCACAAAAGCAAAUAACCGCUUGCGAGCUUACUUCAAAUGGCAAACAUAUUGCUUUGGCAUUAAAGAAUUCACCGAAACUUGUAACUUUGGUAUUGAAAGGUGGCGAUUAUAAGAAGCAAGAUGACGACCAGAAUAUAAUUUAUGGACAAGAAGAUAAUGAAGGAAAAGUUUUCGAUUUAAAAGAUUUAAAGAUACUAGCAAAAUUUGUGACGAAAAACGAUGAAACAUCUCCAACUUUUCUGGGUUGUCUUGUUUUCAGCCAUUUUUUUCAAAGAGGAUUAAGUAUUCCCACAACACAAAACGUAACUGAAGAUCCAGAUGAAGACUUCGAUGAAGACGACGACUCUGCUGAAGCUGAUGAUGAUGGUCGUGUUUAUAAAAAUCCUAGAAAUCAUCCAUCACCUGACUGCCCUCGAGAUGAAGAACAAGCAACCUUGCUAGGUCAAAAAUGUUUAAGAAAAUGUUCGUCAGACGAAGAUUGUAAAAGCAAAAAGAAGAAGUGUUUAUGUGAUGGAGCAUGUGGAAUGAGUUGCAUAAAGCCAGACCGUGAGUGUCCCGAAUUGCAACAUCCAUCACUUGGAACUGUUGUAAUGUCAGGCAGAACCUUUGGUUCGAGAGCAAGUUACACAUGUAAUCAUGGAUAUCAUGUCGUUGGCUUACAAAGUCGAAUAUGUCAAGCUUAUGGUCAUUGGAGUGGAUCGGAACCAGCAUGUAAACAAAAUAUUUACUGCUUAGCACCACCAACGAUUGAACAUGCGCGACAUUCUGCUUUACCCGAGCAAGCAACAUUUGAUUUAGAUUCGACUGUUCAAUAUCAUUGUCACACUGGUUAUGCAACUGCAGGGUUUCCACGUGCUAAAUGUUUAGCAAUUGAUGGGCAAGCGAGUUGGUAUGGUCCCGAUAUCUCAUGUGAACCUCGAUCUUGUGGACAACCAGCUGACCCCGCUCAUGGAUGGCAUGCUGGAGAAUGUUACACAUUUGGUUGUCGUAUCACAUAUCAUUGUGGUGAUGGCUAUGAGCUUGUUGGAAAGCAAGCUGCUGAUUGUCAAGCCGAUGGUGCUUGGUCACCAAAAGAACUUCCAACGUGUGUUUUGGUGACAGCAGUUCAAUGUCCAUUGCCAGAUAAUCCGAAGAAUGGAAAAGCAAUUUACACGAGCGUGUCAUAUAAUUCAGUUGUAAGCUAUGAAUGUCGUUAUGGUUACACGCUCGUUGGCGAAAGUUCAAGGAGAUGUGGUGCUGAUAAGAAAUGGUCAGGAAGUUUGCCAGUGUGUAAAGAAAUCAAUUGUGGACAUCCUGGAACAUUGUACAAUGGUUGGUUGGAAAAUACUGAAGGAGGUUUUGGGCUUGGUGCUAGCAUCAUCUUCAGAUGUCAAAGUGAAAUGUUGCUUGUUGGAAAUGCAUCGACCGUUUGUCAAAUCGAUGGUCGUUGGAGAUAUCCAUUGCCAAUGUGCUUGGCACCUUGUGUUGUUCCAACAGUUUCUCAAGGAAUUGUUGUUCCCAUCGAGGUUGAAAUUCAAGAUUCGAAUGUUACAACAGUUCCAUCAAUUCAAAUGGGAAUUGGAAGUACGAAAGUUCGUCAUGGAACAAUUCUCGAAGUAAUUUGUGAUGAACAUUACGAGUUUCCAUUCACAACAUUAGCACCACCCACAUGUAACAAUGGCACAUGGAGUACAAUUCCACGUUGUGUCCCAGCACGAUGCAAAACACUUCCAAAGCCACCGAAGUUCGGAAUGGUCAUCUCACCAAAAACUGAACACGGAAUGAAAGCUCGAUUUAAAUGCAAAGAUGGAUGGCAACUGGCAACACCAUCUGGUCAACAAAUCACUGACCAAAAUGAAAAUGUUUUGACAUGUUCGUUUGGUAAUUGGACUGGAGAGACUCCAAUUUGUCAAGAAGAUUCUGUUUCAGUUUAUUGUCAAUUUCCUGGUUACAUUCCAAAUGGAAAAGUUUUGCUUGUUGGCAACAUGGGUCUGUACGAUUAUCGACCUUAUGUGAAGAAAGUUAUAAACAACAAGCAAAUCAUGUAUGAUUGUGACAAGGGUUAUGUACUUGAGAAUGGUCCGAUAAGUUCAGGUGCAACUUGUAUUGGUGGCAAAUGGUCACCAUCUGAACUUCCAGAAUGUCUUCCAGGACAACAUCCACGACUCAGAUGGAAUCGUAAGAAACGUUCAGUCGACUUAAGAUAUGCAAGAGGAAAAUUUUUACUAAAUCAUUAUCGGAAUAUAAAACGAAAGCAUUUUGAUCAUCACGCAGUUGAAGAUUUUGUGAAAGUUGCUUCAAAGCGUGAAAAACGUGACAUUGAAAGUUAUCGCGGUCGUCCAAUGCGGAAAGUUCCAGCAUCGAAAGUUUUCAGCAUUCGUCAGAUUCCCACAGAGAUGAGAAAUUCAAGGAAACGAAGAAGUGUCAACAAACGUGAAAGUCGAGAUUACAGCGAGAUUGAUCGAGCUUAUUCAAAGUAUUAUGAGAAGAUCAAAGCGAGGUAUCGAAACUACGUUAAGAAUCUCUUUCCAAGUCCAAAAAUAAGAAGUCAAACAUAUAACAAUAGUUAUCCAACUCAACCUUUGGACGAAGUGAAGAACACGAGAAAGAUUCAAGUUCAAGACGGGCGAUGGUACAAUUCGUACAACAAUCCAGAAUUUCGAUAUCGUGCAACACACAAAGCAAAAGGCUACAAUAAUGACUUGCAAAAUGAAGAGUUUGAUAGUGGCUUGGGUCCACCAGUUGCACUUCCAAGCAUCAACGAUCCGACAAUGUCAAAUCGUUUUGAUAUUCAAAGAAAUGAAAAUGUUUCCAAUUAUUAUCCGCCAUAUCCUCAUAACAAUGAACGACAUUAUGGUGUUGAAGAAUCUUACGAACCUUUAAGAAAAAUCAACACAACUGACAUUGCUGCAAAUAUUUACGCACAACUUCAAUCACAAAUUGUUAGACGACGAAAACGUGACACUGAAGAUGAAACUAAAAGUGAUGACGAUCUUCCCCCUGAGACUGCAAAUGGAAAAAGAAAAGAAAAGUUCCGUGGACCUUGCGAACCACUCAUCAACGUUGAUCACUUGCAAAUUGAAGUUGUGAAGCCGGCAAAGGUUCAAAAUGAAUCUUUUGGACAUGGAAUGGUGUUGAAAGUGACUUGCAAUGCUGGCUAUGCUUCUAAUAUUCAAACUGUUAAUUCAACUGUACGUUGCAACAAAGGAGUUUGGAAGCCUUUAAAACCACUCUGCACUUUAAUUAGCGUUUCAGAGCCUUGUUUUGUGCCAUCACUUGAACAUGGAAAGUAUUCUGGAAUGCCAUCAUCAGCCGAUCCUUUAGAGGAUCAAAUAAAGCCAAUAACAAAUCCUUUAACACCAAUGGAUAGAAUCGAUAAUGGAUUAACAAUUUCGUUCCAUUGCGACACUGGUUACAACAUUCAAGGGACAAGCGACUUAAAAUGUAUUGACGGCAAUUGGUCAUCGUUAGUUCUUCCUGAAUGUCUUCCAGCUCCAUGCGUAUUGCCCCAAGUCAUGCAUGCGAGUUAUCAAGGCGGUUAUCGAGCUGGCUUAACAGUUGCACAUGGAUCACAUGUGAUGGUUCAAUGCGAGAAUGUUCUACCAGAUCCCGUCCCACCACCAGUACAAAUGGAUUGUGCAUUAGGUGCUUUAACACCACAAACCAUCAGCUGUAGUUUCUCGGCUUCACGACAAUCACGAGAUGAUGCUGAUCAUUCCAACAUGAUCACUGACGAAGGCAACAUUACGACAUCAGGAGAAGAAAAUGAUUGUGGACCGCCAUCAAGAGAGUUGAUGAUGUUGAUUUACAAGAACGAUGCUUCGAAAGAAGAUUCAACAGCAGAAACUGAUGAAACUUACCCAGCUGGAACUGAAAUAUCGUUCAGUUGUAUGAUGAGUGUUACUGGCGAGAGAACAACUUGGAAAAUUGUUUGUGAAGACGGAAAAUGGAUUGGAAGGGCGCACGAUUGUGGUGAUGAUGAACGACUUUAUACGCCACUUGCGAAUGGAUCUUGUUUGUAUAGAAAUAUGGAUCCACAUGUUGUGGGCUUCUAUAACGAUCUGGAAAUAAGAGAAAAUAUUGUCGAGUUUCCUGCUGGCACAACAAUCAUUUCAAGUCGAUGGACUGGACAAAAGCCACGUUGUUAUGGAUUGAAUCAAGAGAAUGAUUAUGCGAUGGAGAAAUCUCCGACAGUUUUAUUCCGUCAUGAGAACGGGCCGAUAGCUCAAAGUAAUGAUGGAAGACUCAUCGUUUAUCCAGGCACAACAGUUCAUAUGGAAUGCUUAUGGAUGAGAAAAUUCGGAACACCAAAAUGGAAUGUCAGUCAUGACUAUGCUGAAAUUCGAAAAUAUCCCGAAGGUUGGAACACAGAAACCGGUCGUGAUUCAACAUUAGAAUAUCGUUUGAGUAUUUUCGCAGCUGAAGCUCAAGAUUCGGGCAUUUACAAAUGCAUGACACCAGCGCGACAUGCCCAUGAAGUUAUUGUCGAAGUCAAAGCUGUUCAUUGUCCAGACAUAACACCAAGAAGAGGUUUAGCUUUGAGCACAACUGUAACUCAACUUGGAACGAAAGUUCAGUUCUCGUGCAACAAUGGAAAUGCUUUGAUUGGAACACCUGAAAUCACAUGUUUGGCAAGUGGUAAUUGGAGCAGUCCAUUGCCAAUUUGUGAGAGUGUUGAAUGUGGAGAAGUUUCAAUUCCACCAUCAGUCAUCGGCACAGUUCCACGUGUCGCAAUAAUCUCAAGAGAAGUUGGUGGAAGAGCUGCUUUUUCUUGUCCACCAGGUCAUGGUCUGAAAGGCCCUUCCGAAUCGAUUUGUCUUCCUUCAGGUGAAUGGAGUGGACCAUUUCCAACAUGCUCUGAAGUUCAAUGCUUCCAUCCUGGUCAACCUUCGAAUGGAUAUACUCAAGGCACACCUCCUUAUAAAGCUGGUGAUGUAGUUCAAUUCACUUGUAAUCCUGAGUACAUGAUGCAAGGACAGCCAAUUAUUGCUUGUCAAGACAAUGGCAGAUGGUCGGGCAUUGUGCCGAAAUGUGUCAGAGCGUGUUCAUAUCCAGGGACAGCAAUAAGUGGACGAAUGUCUUCGGUCAAGUUCUAUUAUACUAUCGGUGAGAGUGUUACGUUCUCUUGUGACAAUGGUUUGGAAAUUAAAGGUCCAAAGAUGCUCAAAUGUCUUAAAGAUGGUAAAUGGAGUUCAAGCAUUCCGAUUUGUGUCAGUCCCGACGCACCAGCAGCUUCUUAAGCAAUUUCAUUUAAUGGUUGAACAUAAAUAUUUGCUAUGGUUGUACAUGGUUGAAGUUUUUAAGUUUAAAAUUAAAAAGAAAAUUCCAGCGAGAUUCGCUUUUAAAGGAAAAUUAUGUGAUGGUAAUAAAAAUUAUAAUACUCCAUAAAUAAAUAAAUAAAUAAACGAAUAUAUAUCAUUUAUGAAUGUUACAUAUUUAGUUUUAAGACUUAAUUAGUAAGGAAACAUUUUUCUUGUUCUUUUUCUAAAGCUUUUAAGUAUCAAAGUCAUGAUGAGAAAAUGAAGAUAAAAAUUUAAAUAUUUUUUAAGACUUGAAUGAAUAAAAUGGUUCAUAUCAUCUAUGGAUUUAUAUAGAAAUAUUUAUGAUGAUGAUCUGAU